UAUAUUAAGAGUAUUAAAACCCUUAUUUUCUCAUUCAUUUGAGAAACUUAAUUUUUCUGGUUUUCUGGUUUUUCUUUUUCUCUCAAAAAUCUUUGAUUGACAACAAUGUCAUCUUCUUCCUCUUGGAGUUGCUUUGGAGAUUCUCUAUCCAAUCUGCAACGCUUUCUUCAAUGUGUUACCCCUGUUGUUCCUUCACAAACUCUGCCACAGAGUUGCUCUAAUGAUUUCAACAUCCAAUGGAAACCUCUUGGUAAAGACACAAUUGAAUGUUUUACUUUGAAAGAUCUUUGGAACCGUUUUUAUGAAUGGAGUGCAUAUGGUGCUAGUACACCUAUGAUAUUAGAGGAUGGAGAAAAUGUGGUUCAAUACUAUGUUCCAUAUCUAUCUGCCAUCCAAAUCUACACCAACAAAUCUGUUGUAGCUUCUCGGAAUCGAAGAGAGGAUAAUGAUGGAGUUGAAUUCGAAAGUGACUCGUGGAGCGAUGAUAGUGGAAGUGAUAACUUGUCUAGAUCGUUAAGUAACGAUUCAAGCAAAUCUUGGGAUGCUAUUUCUGAAGAAUCAAGCUCUGACCAAGAGGGUUCAUGUCAAACAAAGGAUAAGCUUGGCAACCUAUACUUAAGCUAUAUUGAGAUGUCUUCACCUUAUCAUAGAGUUCCGCUUGCAUUGAAGAUACCUGAGUUAGCGAAAACCUAUCCGGAGCUCAUGACAUUGAAGAGUGUUGAUCUUUCUCCUGCAAGUUGGAUGGCUGUUUCGUGGUACCCGAUCUAUACCAUCCCUAGUCGAAAAAAUGACAAGGACAUGGAAGCAUGCUUCCUCACUUACCAUACAUUGUCAUCAUCUUUUCAAGAUUUUGAAACGGAGAAUCAUGGUAUGGAUAUAGACAAAGACAAAGAUCUAUGUUGUUUAAGUGGCUGGGAAAAUAUUGUAGGACAUCAUGAUUACAAGAAAAAAAGUAAAAGCUCAAUUUCUAUACCCCCAUUUGGGUUAGCCACUUACAAAAUGCAGAGUGAUCUUUGGCUAAACUCUGAUCCACAUGAUUAUGAAAGUAUAUCAUAUCUUUAUAGCGCAGCAGAAUCAUGGUUGAAACAACUCAACGUCGAUCACCAUGACUUCAACUUCUUCACAUCAAACUCUAUCUUGUAAAUCAGUUUAUGUUCCUUCGUCAGGCUUACCUGACUUUCCUUUGAUUUAACCUUGAAACUAAUGUCUCCUGACACAAAUAAAACAUGUUCAUUUGGUGAAAUUAUGAAAACAUUCAAAAUGUUUGAAGAUAUAUACGUCAAAAGGGUAUAUAACUUCUAAGCCAAGUGAAGUUUUGUGAAUUAGGACCGAGUUUUCUUACCUAUCCUUUUUUUUAUAUAAGGUAUUGUUCUUGAAACAAGAUCAAAGUUUGUUAUAAGUAGUUGAACUAUAAUAUAUAUGCUAUGUAGUAUAGUCUUUUUUUUAA